AUGGGACGUAUGUACAGCAGAGGAAAAGGUAUCAGCCGCCGAUGUAUUCCAUACCGCAGAACCGCGCCGGCAUGGCAAAAGAAGACCUCGUUGGAAGUUAUCGAGGAGAUGUGCAAGUUGGCAAAGAAGGGUAUGCCACCAUCGCAAAUUGGAGCUUAUUUGAGAGAUGUUGAGGCCAUUGGUUUGGUCAAGAGCAUUACCGGCUCAAAGGUUCUCAGAAUUUUGAAACUCGCGGGACUCGCACCAAAGCUCCCAGAGGACUUGUACUUCUUGAUGAAAAGAGCUGUCUCAAUCAGAAAGCACUUGGAGAGAAACAAAAAGGAUAAAAUCUCAAAGUACCAUUUGAUCUUGACUGAAUCCAAAAUCCACAGACUCGUGAGAUACUACAAAACUACUAAGGUCGUCGACAGCUCAUUCAAGUACGACGCUAACACAGCUUCCGCCAUCGUCUCUUAA